GUUUGGGAAAAAUGUUUAAGAAACAUAGCAUACCGUUGUUCAUUUAAUCAAGCAACAUCAGUGCUAUAAAAUCGACUGCUCUAUCAGAGGCAUUCAUUUAACGCAACACCAUCGUUGACCAUUGAUUCUUUCGUAAUUAUUCAAGAUAGAGGGUGAUCAAACGAUGAAGUGUCUAGUGAUUUUUUUAAUUACUCUGCAAUUUCACUAUGGGUUGUUCGCUAAAUUGGAAUCGAAAGAAAAUCAAACAGAGGUGGACCAACAGAGAAGCGUCCGAGUGCACAGGGUUUCAGAAUACCCUGAAGGUCUCCUUACGAAGUACACCCUAGGAUCGUCUGAACAAUUUUCAUCAGGAACUCAGAAGAUUCUUCAGACAUUUUCAGAGAAACUUCAAUCUACCCUUCCGGAUUUAAAUGAUCUCAUUCAACGCGAGGCACAGCUGUUCAAAGAAUUGAAUGGUAUUCUGAAAGAACUGCCUCGAGAGGAAGCGAAUAAAUUGAAGAACGUUGAUCUCGCGAUUAACGAGAUGACGGAUAUAUCUUCAUCAGCGACGUUCACUAAAUCAUUACUGAGGAAUGCUAAUCAUCUGAAUAAUAAUCUCCUAAAUUCACCGGAGGAGUUAGACAUUUAUCAUCAAGAUGGUCAGGAUGACGAGAAGCAGACAAAGUCAAGAUCAUCAGUCUCACAAAUUGAAUCAACAAAUGACGUGGAAUUGAAAGCAGUUAAGAACAUUGCUCAGUACUUGGACAACGUAUUAAUAGAAAUCCAGAAUCACAUAACUUAUGUUCGUGGUGUGUUCGAGAAACUCUGCAGGAAACAUCAUCCCUUCACUCGAUUAAAUGGAAAUAAUAUGGCGAAAUUUGCAUCGAUGAAUCAACCUAAGAAAGUUUCUAUAUUUUAAAAUCAUUAUUCACUAUAUUUUUUUUCAAAAAUAUAUUAUUGUAUCUUAAUUAAUAAAUAUCGGUAUAAUUAAAUUA